CCCCCAAAUCCCACACAGGGGGUGUGCGAGGAGAUGACCUACGAGGAGAUCCAGGAGCGCUACCCCAAGGAACUGGCGCUGCGCGACCAGGACAAGUAUCGCUACCGUUACCCCAAGGGAGAGUCGUACGAGGACCUGGUGCAGCGGUUGGAGCCGGUGAUCAUGGAGCUGGAGCGGCAGGAGAACGUCCUGGUCAUCUGUCACCAGGCCGUGAUGAGGUGCCUGCUGGCCUAUUUCCUGGACAAGAGCGCGGGUGAGCUGCCCUACCUCAAGUGCCCCCUGCACACGGUGCUCAAGUUGACCCCCGUGGCUUAUGGUGAGCAGGGG